AUGUUGAGAGCUACUACAAGAUCCACACAUUUACCCAUAAGACUUCUUACGACUUCUAAUAGAGUGACUUUUCAACAAAAGAACUCCAUAUUGGAUAAAUACAAAGCUGAUCAAGAAACCAUUGAAGCACCAUCAAAAUUAGCUGCAGAAUCACAUUUACCUUUUAUAAAACAAAACUUAUACAAAAAGGAACCCCGUCAGCCGAAAUCCAAAGCUCCAUUCUUAUCAGAAUAUGAAGACAAGAAUGCUCAGUUAUCUGGUUGGAAAGAAAAAGUUGGUCAAUUUGUUAUUUCUACCUUUGGUGUUGAUAUGGACAAAUCAAGAAGUGGGCCAGUUGCUGGUGGUUUGUAUUUUGCUGAAUGUAAAAAACAAGCUUUAGUUUAUCCUAAUGAACAAUUAAGUGAUACUGCUAAAUUUUAUUAUGAAACUUUAAACUUACCAAGAUCAUUCUCACAACAAGUACAAAUUAUCAUUUUACAUUAUUGGAUCUUGUCAGUUAGAAUGAGAGCUAUGCCUUUCAAAUAUGGUAGAGAAUAUCAAAAGAAAUUGGUUGAUCGUAUUUUUAAUGAUUUAGAAACCAGAAUGGCUACUGAAUUGGGUAUUAAAUCAAACAGAACCAUUGAAAACUAUUUAAAGGAUUAUCAUUCUCAAAUGUUAGGAGGUGUUUUGAGUUAUGAUGAAGGUUUAAUGACCGAUGAUAUCACUUUGGCAUCUGCUUUAUGGAGAAAUGUUUUCAAUGCCAAUGAAAAUGUUGAUAUUAGACAUGUCGAAGCCUUAUUGGUUUAUGUUAGAUCUCAAUUAUAUGUUUUAAACAAAAUGACUGAUAGAGCAUUUGGAUUUGGUAAAUUCAAAUUUGUUCCUCCUGAUCAAGUUGUUCAACCAAUAUCAAAAGAACAAGAAGAGUUGAUUAAACAAAAAACUAAAGAAGAAUUUGCUGGUAUGACAUUACCUUCCCAACAAAGUGUUUUGUCAAUGGAUGAAUAG